GAUUGUACCAUGGACAACAAGGAAAGCUGCCCAAGUGUUAGCAUUCCCAGCUCUGAUGAACACAGAGAGAAAAAGAAGAGGUUUACUGUUUAUAAAGUCUUGGUUUCAGUGGGUAGAAGUGAGUGGUUUGUCUUCAGAAGAUAUGCAGAAUUUGAUAAACUCUACAACACUUUAAAGAAGCAAUUUCCUGCUAUGGCCCUGAAGAUUCCUGCCAAGAGAAUAUUUGGUGAUAAUUUUGAUCCAGAUUUUAUUAAACAAAGAAGAGCAGGACUGAAUGAAUUCAUUCAGAACUUGGUUAGACAUCCAGAGCUUUACAACCAUCCAGAUGUCAGAGUAUUCCUUCAAAUGGACAGUCCAAAACAUCAGUCAGACCCAUCUGAGGACGAGGAUGAAAGAAGUACUCAGAAGCUACAUUCUACCUCACAGAACAUCAACCUGGGACCAUCUGGAAAUCCUCAUGCCAAACCAAUGGACUUUGAUUUCUUAAAAGUUAUUGGAAAAGGCAGCUUUGGCAAGGUUCUUCUUGCAAAACGGAAACUGGAUGGGAAAUUUUAUGCUGUCAAAGUGUUACAGAAAAAAAUUGUUCUCAACAGAAAAGAGCAAAAACAUAUUAUGGCCGAACGUAAUGUUCUUUUGAAAAAUGUGAAACAUCCAUUUUUGGUUGGAUUGCAUUAUUCUUUCCAAACAACUGAAAAGCUUUACUUUGUCCUGGAUUUUAUCAAUGGAGGGGAGCUGUUUUUUCACUUACAAAGAGAACGGUCCUUUCCUGAGCACAGAGCUAGGUUUUAUGCUGCUGAAAUCGCCAGUGCAUUGGGUUAUUUGCACUCUAUCAAAAUAGUGUACAGAGACUUGAAACCAGAAAAUAUUCUUUUGGAUUCAGUAGGACAUGUUGUCUUAACUGAUUUUGGACUUUGUAAAGAAGGAAUUGCUAUUUCUGAUACCACCACCACAUUUUGUGGGACACCAGAGUACCUUGCACCUGAAGUAAUCAGGAAACAGCCUUACGACAAUACUGUAGAUUGGUGGUGUCUCGGUGCUGUCCUGUAUGAGAUGCUGUAUGGAUUGCCGCCUUUUUAUUGCCGAGAUGUUGCUGAAAUGUAUGACAAUAUUCUUCACAAGCCCCUCAAUUUGAGACCUGGAGUGAGUCUCACAGCCUGGUCCAUUCUGGAGGAACUCCUAGAAAAAGACAGGCAAAAUCGACUCGGUGCCAAAGAAGACUUUGUUGAAAUUCAGAAUCAUCCUUUUUUUGAAUCACUCAGCUGGACUGACCUUGUACAAAAGAAGAUUCCACCACCAUUUAAUCCUAAUGUGGCUGGACCAGAUGAUAUCCGGAACUUUGAUGCAGCAUUUACAGAAGAAACCGUUCCAUAUUCUGUGUGUGUGUCCUCUGACUAUUCUAUAGUAAAUGCCAGUGUACUGGAGGCAGAUGAUGCAUUUCUCGGCUUCUCUUAUGCACCUCCUUCAGAAGACUUAUUUUAA